GAUGUUUACUGACAGGAUAUCAGCAGGCUAACGUGGUGAUCUUGCACAAGGAUCUUGCUGAUGACUUUGAGGCGUUUUGUCGGGCGAACAGCAGCCCGCUCCCUCUGCUGUACAGGAGCAAAUGUGGAGAAUGGAGCUGCGGGCCCCUCGCCACAGGAUCUGACAUCAGAGUUUGCAUCAUCUGAAGUCCUCUCAGGGGUCAGCGCAUCUCUUCACAGGUGUUGGGUCAUCUGAAGUCUUCGUCAGAGUCUGGAUGCAAACUGGAGCUGGCGUACUCGGGCGUCCCGAGGAAGAGACAGAAAUGCAAAUGGAAAAUAAUUGGCGUAGCUGCUGUUCAAGCAAAAGAUAAUCAUGUGCAUUUCAUCUGAUAGAAAUGGAGUACAAGGUUAUCGGGUGCAUUAUGUGAAUGCUUGGCUAGGGACAUUUAAACUGGGAGAGUGUGUCUGAGCUUCGAAAAUUAUCAGGAAAGCUAUUCCAUAGCUAUUCACAAUAUUCCUCAUCUAAAUAAUUCCCACCCAAGGCAUAUGCAAUAUAAAGGGGCAGGGCCUGGUUGAGUUGCAUUAGUAGUGCCCUGUAGCGUUCGAGUUUUGCACCACUGAAAACAAAAAAUCUAGACUGGGCAUAAUAUGGCCCCUUUAACAGAUUAUGUUUAGUCACGGACAGGUGUAAAAGAUUAAUCUUUUUUUUCACAGUGAAAUGUUCUAGUAUCAUCUUGUCAUUUAAUAAUUACACAGAGAUGGACUGGGAAUAAAAAACAGGCUGGGACCUUUAGUAUGCACAACCCAUAAUCCCUCACAUAUGCGUUUAAUUCAAACUCUUGCUGUGUUAUGUAAAUGACACAUGACUUAUGAUGGAUGGUGAAAGUGCGAUAGAUAAGUACUUGUGCGUCUUUCCAUCAGGGAGGACUGUCCAGAGUACUGUGUGUUUGAGAAAGGCAAGCUAAUGAAGAAGAUCUCUAGUUUAUCCUCCUACACUCCUCAACUUGCGGACAUGGUCACAUUCUACCUCGGCUGUAGCUUUGGCUUUGAAGCAGCCUUAAAGGCCGCUGGGGUUCCAGUGAGAAAUGUGGAGCAGGGUAAAAAUGUCAGCAUGUACAAGACAUCAGUACCUUGUAUUAGCACAGGUCGGUUUCAUUGUCCGAUGGUGGUGAGCAUGAGACCUGUACCAGAGGACAAGCUGGACGCUGCGGCUCAAUGCACACACGUGAUCCCACUGGCACAUGGAGGCCCUGUCCACAUUGGACACCCUAAGCUGCUGGGCAUCCAUGACUUGUCUCGACCAGACUAUGGGGACCCAGUGGAAGUGUGUUCUGGUGAUGUGCCUGUGUUCUGGGCCUGUGGGGUCACAGGUGUUGAGGCUGUACAGAGCUGCAAGCCCGCUCUAGCGUUCACACACUCUCCUGGCUGCAUGUUCAUCACCGAUCAAAAGGCAGAAAUUGUUUCACCCCUCACUCUUGAGCCAGCACAAUGCCCUUUGACAUUCUGCAUUUCCCAGAAUCCUCAGCUUUACAGUGUGGCUAGCGAAAAAGCUGUUCAACAGAUUCGAGCAAUUGAGGAGCUUGUUGUUGAAGACCCAGGUGCAAGAGGUAUUCGGGCCCUGUUCUUGCAGGAUGAGCUCCUAAAGGCCUGUCUCUCUCUGUCCCACUCCUCCUCUGUUCUCAUCACUACUGGCUUCCCCACACACUACAUGCACAACCCCCCUGAAGAGACUGAUGGCCCGCCUGGGGCCAUCGCCAUGGCAGCUAUGCUUCAAGCACUCCGCAAAGAGGUGGUCAUCGUGACGGAUAAGCGGGCUUUGGAGAUGAAUCAGCACAUCAUGCAGGAUGCUGUGAAGAAAGGUGUGAUAAAGACUGCAGUGCCAGUAAUAAGUUUCCAGAGUAAUGGCCCUGACUCAGCACUUCACUUCCUGUGCCAUGAUGGAGAUCCCUCAAAGCCCAGGUUCGACCACUUGGUGGCAAUAGAGCGCAGCGGCCGGGCUGCAGACGGGAACUACUACAACAUGAGGGGGGUGAACAUCAGGCAUUUAGUCGACCCAAUAGACGAUCUCUUCACCACUGCCAGCACUAUUGCGGGAAUCACUACCACAGGGAUCGGAGAUGGUGGUAAUGAGCUUGGUAUGGGUAAAGUCAAAGCAGCAGUUAAAGCAUACAUGCCUAAUGGGAAUCUGAUUGCAUGUGACGUGGGUGCUGAUUUUGCCAUCACAGCAGGAGUGUCCAACUGGGGUGGCUAUGCUGUCGCCUGUGCGCUGUAUGUUCUGAGUCUUUGUCCAAUACACUGGCGGUACCUCCAGAGAGGUUUGAGUUUGUCGCCGACACCUGAUCAACAGAGCCUGUUGUCUGCUUGUCUGCCCACCAUUGCCAAGGAGGAAGACAUGCUCCACAUUUUGGUAAAAUAUGGUGUCCGCAGUGGUAAAACGGCAAACCUGGGACUGGAGGUGGACGGAUUGACCUUUCACCCAUACCAUUCUGACGUCAUACAGCGUCUUAGGCAUCUCACUCUUGCCUAAUGUCAUCAUGUGGUAGUGGACACAUCACAUAGCCACAGGCAGAUCUGUGACCAAUGUCUACUAUUCUCACACUUUCUCACAGAUGAAUACAAGAAUGUGAAUGUAAUAGAAAUGGCUGCCAUGGUAACAUUUUUGUUGUUUCUUUAAUAUAAAGACAACAUGAAAGUGUUUCAUUUUUGUGCUCUCACCUUACAAAACAAUCUCUGUUGCUUCUCACUGUAAAAAAUAUUUUUGCUGUAGGAAAUAAAUGAUUUAAAAGAAUGAAUAAA